AGACAUUUUGGCUCAAGCCAUUUUGGCUCAAGUGACUUCGGCUCCAACCGAGACGGGAGAUCGUCAAAUCUGUUGCCCCGAUGGCGCAUAUUCAAAGGCCAUCCCUCGGCCUCGUCGGCUUGGUUGCUUCUUGUUUGGUCGUUGUUGUUGCGAGUGGUUCGUGCGAUGGGCCUUCAAGUUCUGCAUGCGGCUCCAGCGAUGCCGAGGAAGUUGCUCUCCUUCAGUCCAGACUCCGCACGGAGCAGCCGCUCCAUCUGCAGCAGUUGAACGAGGCCAGGCUCUGGAAGCCUCAGGUCCACCCAUUUGCUCAGAAGGUCCGCGAGGAUUGUAAGGCCGACGAAGCGAAAUUGUGCAGCAACGGCAGGGACUUCUACGGAUUCAUGGCCUGUCUCGAGCAACAUCGGCAGCAAUUGAGUCCAACGUGUGCAAGCACUGCCUUCGGAGGAAGCGCCAGCAGUGCCAACGAGGCGAUCGCAAAGAGGGCAGUGAGCGUGUAUGAUGGCUAUGACACGCAGAUCUUCGUGGAGCUGAACACCCCAUUGUUCUACUCCACUCCGGAGAAGACGCCGGUCGCAGACACAGUUUGGUUCGCGGUGACCUUGUGCAGGACACAGCCGGCACCAAAGGGCUUGAUGUUUUAUCAUUCUGGCGGCCCCUUACCAAGCAUCCAGCCCCUGAGCAAGAAGUCCUUUCCGACCUACAUCUUCCCGGACGACUUCUUAGAAGAGUAUGACAUCGUGAGCGUGGACCAGCGGGGCAUGGGCUUGUCAGCGAUCGCAACGGUCUACGGCAUCGAUCCCAGCUCCUUAUCUGAUGGACAGAUCUAUGAUUUCUUGAAUGAUAAGGUCUCCCGGAGACUCAAAGGUAAUUUGGCGCAGCGUGUUGAAGUCCAGGGAGUGGGAAAGUUAGCUCCCCGUUGUGCCGACUUGGCCGAGUCCAUGCCGUUCAGUGUCCCCGGCGAUUGGGGCAAUGUAGAGCUCUUGUACAAGUACCUCGACGACAAAAUGAAGAUGACCACCUCGUGCAUGGACAGAUAUCGUCGAGAUGCUGGAGAUGGCAGUUCGUACCAACCCUUGCAGUACGUCGGAACAGGUGCUCUCGUUUAUGACAUUGAGUGGAUGCGCUGGGCCUUUGGUGCACCGAGCAUCACCGUCGUCGGUGCAUCGUACGGGACUCGUGUUGCAGCCGCAUACUCGUCGGCCUUUCCAAAUUCUCUGAAACGAGUCGCCGUGACCGGCGUCAUGGCACCUCAGCCAGACCUAUUGAAGUAUGCAGAGGAGGCGGCCCGAAACGUUGCCCAGGUGCUCGGCUUCAUCCAGAGUGAGUGCACGGCUAUGGGACCCGCUUGCACCACGAACCCGUUUUCUGAGGAAGAUGCUGAGAAGCCGGAGUAUGUCUUUACCGGCGGCAUCAACGAGGCUAUCGACGAGCUCUUCGCGCGCUCAUCGUCGGGGGGCAGCUGGUACUUGGAGAAGUGUGGGAAGCCGCUGCCCAUGCAGCUGAUGACCAAUUUGUUCACUCAGGACCUUUCAGGUAUGGAGAACAUUUCAGUUUUCAAGAAAAUCUACGGCGAGCAGGGGGCAGUUCAGGAUCUCACUUGGCCUACCUUCUUCAGCAUUUUGCCCUCGAUGGUAUUCCUCUUUCUCCAGAACCCGUGUGCUGCCGUAAGCUUCUUCGGAAGGGAGGGGUCGGGUUGGGAGGACGUUUCCGUCUUCGGCCUCAUCCCGGCCUUGGAUAUGACUGGACGCUGGUCCCGGGCACAGACCGCGCAGACCAUGACGGUCACUGGAAGCGACCCAACAUUCGGCCCAGGCCUCAACAUGUUCAGUCUCUAUUCGAAGGCCAUGUAUGGUUGGCCAACCUUGCCUAUGCCCAUCGGCUUCGCGAACAAGGAUGUCCCCACCAUCAUAGCACAGACACUGUACGAUGACCGCACUGGCAUGAACAUGGCUCAGGAGUACAAGAGAAACUUCGGGGACAGUGUAAUGGUGACAGCGGUAGGCGGUGGCCACACCGUCAUCUAUCACCCAGAGGCCUGGGACAUGAUGAUGGGCUUCCUUCGCGAUGGGAUCCGGCCGCAUGACGGCACGAUUACCGGAGCCAGUCCAGUGGUCCGCAUCAACUUCGAGUUCGGAGCACUGCGCGUGAAACAGGUCUUGGGGAGCGGCCGCCUGCAGAAGCUGGCGCUCUCGCUCUAGCCUGAGGCAGCUCGCCGACGUCGAGCGCCGGUCCCCUGUCGGCUGGGUGGUGCUCCGGCAGGGCAGCCAUCGCAUAUGCGUCUUCUGUGGCGCCAACGUGUUGCCUGGAGAUGGAUGCCUCGGCGUCCGAAGUGACGCCGUCGGCGCGGCGGGCGAGGCAGCGCCGGCCACGGCUCCGUGUGCGGGAUCUGUUCGAGUAAAAAAAAAACAACAAAAAGGGGGCGGACGGAACCCAAUUCACUUUAAACGCCUUCCUAUUCAUUGAUGUGCUGCGAGAACUGGAAGUCCGAGUAGCCAGCAGCGGGCACGCUGUGGCACGUAAUCUUUUUCGCGCGAUCAAUCGCAAUGCGCUUUCUUCUGCGCAUCAGUCACAUUUGAGCGGAUGUUCGGCGACGAGGCGAAGGGGUGCAUUCUCAUCGUGUGCCUUGCUUUCACCAUGUAUCGUAUGCUAUCAUCCCCUGCUCCGUUUUGUACCACUCUCGAACCAGAGAGUUUUUUCCAUACAUGGCUAUCCAUUGCCAGCAGCUUUCUCCAGCUGGGCUUCGAAGCAAGCCGGUGCGGGGGCUUCUUAGAUGAUAACAAAUCUGCAUUUGAAGUUCGCGCGAGCAGUCAACAUUGCAUCAGGCAGAGCUUUGGAUGACGACAACAGCGGGAAGUUACGUGUUGAUGGUUCUUUGGGUUUCGAAGACGCAUGACGCCGUUGACGUGCCCCAUGUCGCAGCACUAGUACUGACAUCGGUGCGGGCCAAUCAGAAUCAGAGUUUGCGCGCAUGCAUUUGGUGGUCAACUAGGAUUCGCGCCUUCCCUGACGCAUAUAAGCGCGAUGGCAGGCAGUUCUUCAAACAUGGCAUUCGCAUGCGCAAAAGACAUUUGCGCGUUGCUUAAUUCAACCAACCUUGCAAACGCACACCAUUGUUUGCUCACGCGUGCAGUUCGCCCGCGAUCACGUCUGCAAACAGACGAGAGCACAUUUUAAUGGCUGGGCUUCAGCCCGCGCCUGAGGCUCAAUUAUUACCAGGCCGGUCUGUGCGUGCGCGCAAAGAAGAAACAUUCGCCCAAGGGAGGAC